UUUGGGGGAAAAGGCGCGCGCACGAAGUGUCAACCGUAUGGAGCAGUUUGUUUCUGUUAACGUCUCUAAAAUCAUUCCGUCUGCGUCCAUGUCCACCGCAACAUGUCUACUCUGAAGCCAUUCAAUAAACUGCCCGCUUUAAAUGAGGCAAACAUCCUGCUGGUGGAAAAUGAAGAGCGAUUCCAGCAGAGUUUAGCUGACGUGAUGGUGGAAGAGAAGAAGUUCGUCAUUAAAGUGAGACUGGCUAAGAAUCUGCCACUGCCCGUGAAGAAUGAAGAGUCCCGUCCCAGAAUAGACCUGGUGGUGUUCAUCAUCAACCUGACUUCAGAACUUAGUUUACAAUCGGCAGAAGCUUCCCUGAAACACUUGGACCCUGGAUAUUUCCAUGGAAAAGUUUGUUUCAUGGUCACUAAUGCUCGUAAUGUGUCAGUUCCACCUGAGCGCCUGGACACUGUCAGAAAGCUGGCUGCAUCACUCCACUGCCCCCUUCUGUGUGCAGAGGAUCAGUCACCAGAUGGUGUGACCAAUGCAGCAGAGAGACUUUUGGUCAUUCUGAAGGUAGCCGCCGGCCUCGUUCCCAUGGCCACUGCCCUCUACCUGUCCAACCUCACCCGCUGCACCAUGCCCAUGGACAUGGAGCAGCAGAAUUUGGAUUAAUCCUUAAACCCUUUGUAGGUAGAGGGGAUUCCUGCUUGUACAUCCACCACAGUUUACCGCAGUAUCAGACAUGCCAAACUAAAAACACAACACAUUUUGUAUUAUAAAUGAGCAUCGGUCCUUUCUGAGACUCUUAAUCUAUGCUGUUCCCGCAACAAAAACACUCAAGGGGCAAAAGUGCCCCUGCUGGGGAUGUAUGAGACGUGGAAUGUCGAGACAGCAAGUGCCAUUCAGAGUAAUAUCUUCUGAUAUAAAUACCAAAUUGGGUGAUACUAUAUAGUAGGACUUUGUAUAGUGUAUGUGAUGUCUAUUGUACAUUUCCAUUCAUAUUCCCAACAUAGUCUGUGUCGAAUGUGUUAGUGUUUUGUGAAUAAUAAUUUACAGUGCAAACAGAUACUUUAGUCAUUGAUAGAGGGGAUCUAACAUAUAUAUUAAUGUAGCUGUAUAGGGUGGCAUGGCUCAGAAGGUAGAGCGAGUCGUCUACUAAUCGGAAGUUUGUGGGUUCAGUCCCCGGCUCCUGCGGACAGCGUGUCAAAGUGUCCUUGACCAAGACACUGAGCCCUUAACUGCUCCUGAUGACCAGGUUGGCACCUUACAUGGCAGCCCCCGCCAUUAGUGUAUGAAUGUGUGUGUGUGUGUGUGUGUGUGUGUGUGUGUGUGUGUGUGUGUGUGUGUGUGUGUGUGAGAGAAUGUGAGGCAUGCAUUGUAAAGCGCUUUUGAGUGGUCAGUAGACUAAAAAAGCACAAUAUAAAAUGCAUUCCAUUUACCAUGUAUAUAAAUAAAGAGCUUUUGA